AUGAACAAAGCUGGAGAAGAGAUAUUUUUUGAUGUUAAUGGGGAUCCGCCUGCAGUAUAUGACCUGAUUGCUUGGUACCUGAAUGUAAGUGGAGAAUCUAAAUAUGUACACGUGGGAAAAUACGACUCUGCUGCUCCUUCAGGACAAGACCUUGUCAUCAGAGAAGAAGCGUUGAUGUGGAAGGAUCAUGAAAAGGUCCCUGUUUCCAUCUGUAGUGAAAGGUGUGGCCUUGGACAUCAUAAAGUAUUUCAGUAUGGACAACCCCCAUGUUGUUUUGACUGCAUUCCUUGCUCACAGGGUGAAAUCACAAAUAUUAGUGGUGCUCAUGACUGUAUUAAGUGUCCAGAUGAUUCAUGGAGUAAUAAAGGACAGGAUGAGUGUAUAAAGAAAUUCAUCGAGUUCCUGUCUUAUCAGGACUUCCUUGGAGCAAUACUGACUACCAUCACUAGCAUCACUGCACUGCUUCCUGCUUCAGUAUUAAUUAUUUUUGUUAAAUACCGUCACACUCCUAUUGUAAAAGCGAACAAUCGAGAACUGAGUUAUAUUCUACUCAUCGCUCUUGUCUUGUGCAGUCUUUGUUCUCUGAUUUUUAUUGGAAAACCCACUGCAUUAAUGUGUAUGCUCCGCCAGACUGUCUUUGGUAUAAUGUUUGCUCUUUGUGUCUCUUGUGUACUGGCUAAAACCAUUACAGUAAUCAUAGCCUUCAAGGCCACUAAUCCAAACAGUAAGUUAAGAAAAUGGAUGGGGCCUGUACUUCCUGGUUGCAUCAUCUGUUUCUGUACAAUGGUUCAAGUCACUCUGUGUGUAGUGUGGCUGUCAACUACACCUCCUUUUCCUGAAGAAAACAUGAUAUUCAAACUAGAUACAAUAAUAAUAGAAUGUAAUGAUGGGUCCAGUAAUGCUUUGUGGUGGCUGUUGGGUUACAUGGGCCUCUUAGCCAGUAUAAGUCUUGUGGUAGCUUUCUUAGCCAGGACACUGCCGGACACUUUCAAUGAAGCCAAGUUUAUCACAUUCAGCAUGUUGGUGUUUGUCAGCGUCUGGCUGUCCUUCAUCCCUGCUUACCUGAGUACCAGGGGAAAGUAUAUGGUUGCUGUGGAGAUAUUUGCCAUUUUGUCUUCCAGUAGUGGUUUAGUUAUAUGUAUCUUUAUUCCAAAAUGUUACAUCAUAUUAGUCAGAUCUGAAAUGAACACCAGGGAGUAUUUAAUAAGAAAGAGAGCCUUUACCGGUGACAAAGUAUUUAACUCUCUUGAUGAAGCCCUGGAUUUUGUACAAAAGAAGAAGCUAUUAACUGGAACAGACUAUAUGGAUUGGUCUGCAACAAUCUUAAAAAUACAAGCAGAAAAGAACUGUUGGUCUACUAAAGAAAAUACAAGUAAAAAGUUUAAAGGGAAGUAA